GGUGGGUGAUUGCGUGGACGGAGACAGGCGCGCCCUUGGGACCGAGGAAAGAAACUCUCUCUCCAGACCUCGGGGGCGGAGGUUGCGUGUGCUCGGCAAGGCGGAGGCGUCGGGCGAGGCUCGCCAUCUCCCCCACCUCCACAACCGACGUCACAGACCGGGGAGCAUUGGCAGAAAGCUUGAGAAAUGUCACUGAUUCGGAUGAUGAUAGGCGUCGAUGGCGGCAAGUGCUAUGUUGCUAUCAAGGGCAAGGUCUACGACGUGACGGGCAACAAGGCAUACCAGCCUGGAGGCUCAUAUCACGUCUUCGCCGGUAAGGACGCCUCACGCGCUCUCGGCAAGACGUCCACCAAGCCCGAGGACGUUCAGGCUGAUUGGAGCGACCUGGACGACAAGGAAAAGGGCGUCCUUGAGGACUGGGUCACCUUCUUCUCCAAGCGCUACAACAUCGUCGGCGUGGUCGAGGGAGCGACCAACUUGGGGUGACUAGGACAUCAUCGCCUCUAAAAAACAUAAUAAAAAAGAAACUGGCGAAAAACUCCUCUCCGC